GAAGAUCUCAAGGCUAUGAAAUACGGCGAACAGCUCGAGCAGGAAUCUGUUCCGCAAUGGAGUCUACAUAACGUCGAUUACAAUUCUCUCAAGCACGAGAUCAAAGUUCACACGAGCCGCGACCAGGCCACCGCAAUCGCCAUCCCCGGUCACCAGGAUGCCGCCCUCAAGCGAUUCGAGGAUAACCUCUACCAUGAACUCUGUCAACAGCACGACCGCGUCGACCUCUUCGUGUCUAGCAAGGCCGACGAGAUCUCGCGCCGGCUCCAAUACGUAUCCGACCAGCUCCAGAAGCUGAUUGUCAAAUGCGCCGAGGAAGGCGACCGAAUCUCGAUCAAGCGGCACCGUCGGUUCGCCAAGUACGAGAGGGAUUUGCUUCGCUGCGGCGAGGAGACUCUUGCCCUUGCCCGCUUCAUCAAUGCCCAAAUCACAGCUUUCCGGAAGAUCACCAAGAAAUACAAGAAAUGGACAGGAUCCCCCACGCUCGGUGCCCGUUUCCGCGAAAAUGUUCUUGCCAAUCCCAAGAGCUUCACCCGACGAGACCUGAACAACCUCCAGACUCGCUACGAGGAGCUACUCAACACUCUACGCAGUUCCACCCCUCAAUUGAGCGAGCCCAGUUCCCCUUCUUCAGAUGAACUGCUGCCCUCCCGCCGAGGCUCUACCGCAGAAGACUUCUUCACGCCGCUGCCCCCCGCCCAGCGGCAGCCUCGCCAGCCCGUUCAGCAACAGCAGCGGCAGCAGCAGCAACACUAUUGGAACGAGUACGACGACGGAAGCGAAGCGGGCGGACAGGAGGACGAGUACGCCAUCUACAUCAAUCCCGACGACGAUAUGAGCUUCCCCGGCCUGGACUCGAUGCGAGCGAUUCUUGCGGCGCCCUUUCGCCACGCCCGGAGGUGGUUUUCGCGGCGGCAAGACCCCGAGGGUCAGCGGUUGUUGGGCAACGCCCCGUUCCUCGAGAGCUACGGCGGUAUCUCGCCUCUCGGGACCGACACUGAUGACGAAUACGCUAGCUCCGAUGGCAUGCCCACGACGGGGUAUGCCACGCACUUCGCCACGCUGCCGAGCCUCAACGAGCAACAGGUAAGGCGGUACCGCGAGCGCGUUCUCUUCUGGGGCACCAUCGGUUGCUUCGGCGUGUCCUUCCUGCUGCUCCUGGUGGCUGGCAUCCUCAUCUCGACGGGUCGCCACAAGCUCCGCGCCGAAGUCGACGCCGGCGUCACGGUCGGCGUCGUCGCCAGCUUGUUUACUGCCUGCCUCGCCCUGGGUAUGUCGCUGUACCGGCGCGACGACCUUGGCACCUGGCAACGCGUGGCUGUGUACAGCAGCUUUUUCGCGGCCUGCGUCCUCAACGGCAUGCUGCUAAUCCUGGUGGUGGGGAAUGCGGCAUAGCGAGCGAGCGGCCCGCGCCCCUGCUUUUUGGGGGUGGUUUUCCCCCCCUCUCCUUUAGCUGGGUCGCAUUCUACCUCCCAUGUCGAAUUUUCCUUUGUCCAUUGAGUUGAGUGCAUCAGCGGCCUGGUGUGUCGAACCCGGUAAGAGUGGGAUGAGAUGGAAUAGCAUGGGGGGGGGGGGGGGUCUUGUCUUGCAUUUUGUGGGACUUUUUGGAGCCAAGUGAGGAAUUUUGACAACCUUUAGGUGAAAAUUCCCAAGGGGGCGGGCGUUUGAUGGUUCUCCUUUUUUUUUUUUUUAAAUCCUUUCCUUUUUGUCUCCCUGUCUCUCUUCACAACUAAACCAGAUACCGACUGCAUCACUGCUUGUCUUUCCAGAUACCACCAACACACACACACACACACACACACCGCUACCCAAACCCGCUGCUAUCUUCUCGGAAGAGAAUCAGGCAGUUCUCUCUACCUAGGUAAUCACCAAGAUUAAAUGAUCUUGGAGUUUAAGAACAUUCAAGAAAUCUCACAAAGACAACCUUGCUCUCCUCUCUUCCCUUCCCCCCCUUGUUUGCUGCUGCUCUGCUCUGCUCGGCUCGGCUCCGCUCUGAUCUCGGCUCGAAAUCUCUUGGCCCCGUUUUCUGAUGUUGCUUAAUCCCAGGAUGGGUUUUCACAUGAUUUUGAAUACAAUUCAAUGAGCUGACCCCCCUACCCCCCUCCCCCUCCCUGCAACACUUCC